GAGCAACUUUGCAGCUUGUCAGGCUAGAGGUGCCCGACAUAGCGGAUCCAAGAUUGGACAAGGUAACCUUGAAGUGCGAGUACGACCUCGAAGGCGAAGAACUGUACUCUGUGAAAUGGUACAAGGACGGAGCAGAAUUCUUCAGGUUCAUGCCAGAGUCGAGACCAGCUGGUCGCGAUUUCCCUGUCGACGGUGUUUACGUAGACGUGAGCAAAAGCAACAAGAAACAGGUGACGCUUUUGGGACAGGCGAACAAUCGAAGAGGUAAAGUGAACCUCGUGGGAUCGUAUGGCUGUGAGGUGUCUUCAGAGGGUCCAAGCUUCCAGACAAUCUACGGCGAGGCGAACAUGAGCGUCGCCAUACCACCGAAAGAACGACCCAGCAUCCGCGGCCUUCGACCUUCUUACGAGGCAGGCGAGAUGCUCCAAGCAGAGUGCACCUCGGCGGCCAGCUACCCGCCGGCCCAGCUCGUCUUUAUCCUCAACGGAAAAGAGGUGAACAAAGCGUUGGCCAAAGAAUUAUCCAGCGGAAUAUUCACGGAAGACAACAUCGUGGAAUCAACGCGUCUCAGCGUGACUCUGCGCCUCGAACGACAUCAUUUCCCCGGAGGAACCCUAACUUUGAAAUGCCAAUCGACGUUGCCGGGAAUAAUCGGAGUGAGAACUCUGGAAAGAACGGAGACCGCAACGUUAGCCGCCAGCAAUCAGAGACUAGCCCAGGAACCGCCUAGAUCUGGCAGCUCUAUCAACGAUCCGCUGCUCUCGAUCGCGAUCUACAGCCUAUCGGUGAUCGUGCGAUCGUUGAACCGCGAUAACUUAGCACUUCUGCAUGUCUAA